AUUACCCAAGCGUAUUUGCUAAAUAGAUCAAUUACAGUCAAUGAAUAUUUAAAACCUUUUUUUUCCUUGGAAAAAGCAUCUGCCUUAUCUGAAUCAGCAGACCUUAAGAUAUCAAUACAUUGACCUUAACUCUCCGCUUUAAAAAUUUGCGUUUGAUUGGUGUGUGUAAUUUUUCAUCCCAUACUAUUUCCGGGUAUUUAGCCGCCUUUUUCCGUUUAUAGCUCACCUGACCACGAAGAAGUCAAAGUGAGGUAAAGUGAUGAGGCUUUGUCCGGCGUCAGUCGCCGUGCGUUGUGCAUCGUCAACAUUUGGGUUGUUAACACUCUAGCAGUCACAUUUUUGAUUAUGUCAUAAUUAAAUGUUUGUCUCAAUGAAAUACAGGUCAAGUUCUAAUAUGGAUCAUCUCGGUUUUAACACUAGGUCACAGGAGCUAAAAAUAGAAAAAAAUCUUCUUAACACUCUAGUGACUGCAGUUUUGAUCAAAAUAUCAUGGAAAUUGAUAAGGAAGGUUGUUUGGAUGAUUUCUAGGUCAAGUUCGAAUUUCGAAUAUAAGUCAUUAUCUGUCAAAAACUAGGUCACAGGAGCUAAAAAUAGAAAAACCUUGUAAACACUUUAGUGGCUGCAGUUUAGACCAAAACAUUCUGCUAGUUUGUCAGGAAGGUUAUUUUGAUGAUUUCUAGAUUAAGUUCGAAUAUUUGCCGUCUCUUGUCAAAAACAAAGUCACAAUAAAAAUAUCUUCUUUACACUUUAGUGGCUGCAGUUUUGAUCCAAAUAUCCUGGAAAUUAAUAAUGAAGGUUGUUUUGAUGAUUUCUAGGUCAAGUUAGAAUACAGGUCAUAUCGGAUCAAAACCUUGGUCACAGGAACUUAAGAUAGAAAAAUCUUGUUAACACUCUAGUGGCUGCAGUUUUAAUCCAAAUAUUCUGGACAUUGGUCAGGUAGGUUGUUUUGAGGUUUUCUAGGUCAAAAUUCUGGAAAGAAAGUGAUCCCUCGGAAGCAUUAAUCACAACAAAAUAACAUAAGAAUUGCAGACUCGGUUUGAUUGAGUCUGCACAUGAGGGAUAAUGAAUAAGUGCAAUUCAGUAUUGGUUGUGUCUGUUCAAAACUACGUCACAGGAGCUAAAAAUGGAAAGACCUUGUUAACACUCUAGUGGCUGCAGUUUUGAUCCAAAUAUUCUGGAAAUCGGUCUGGUAGGUUGUUUUGAUGACUUCAGGGUCAUGUUUAAAUAUGAGUCGUCCUGGGUUAAAAACAAGGUCACAGGAGCUUCAAAUAGUAAAAUCUUGUUAACACUCUAGUAGCUGCAGAUUUGUUCCAAUUAUCCUGGAAACUGACCAGGAAGGUUUCUUUGAUGAUUUCUAGGUCAGCUUUGAAUAUGUGUCACCUGCGGUCAAAAACUAAGUCACACUGCCCAAAUAAGGAAAACCUUGUUAACAUUCUAGAGGUCAAAUGUUUGACUCAAGUGUCAUCCGACUUGGUCAGGAUGCUUAAUCGGAUGAGAUUGAUGGGUCAGGUGAGCAAUCUAGGACCAUCUUAGCCCUUUAGUUUGAAAGAUCUAGACCAAGUUUAUAUUUGAUAUUAAAUACCAACCGUACUAUAUGAUUUUAAGCUAUUUUUCUCCAGUAGAAUUUGAUUUUGCAGUUUUUAAAUAAGAUAACAUCUGCUAAUCACAAUUAUGCUUGCUUAAGUUUAAUUUCAAUUUCUAAACAAAAUUAUGGCAUUGAAGCUGUUCAGGUUUUUUUAAGUGGAUCGGUUUUCAAUUAACCUGUGGUCAAAACGUCAGUGGUCAAGAGGUCACCUGCACUGCAAGAGGUUACAGGUCUGAAAGCGCUAUGAUACAUAUUACAAUUGGCUGGUGCCUCACAAAAGAUUUUCGCCGAGCUACAAACAAGUGUUUAUAUGGUAUUGGUUACUUGUUCAAUAUCAUUUUGUGUCAAAAGAUUCUUAAAGUCGUUUUGGAUUGUUUUAAGGAACGACCCAGCAACUCUAUCUCAAUUCAUGAAAUAUAUUAUCGUAAACAAAACCAAAAAAAUUUAAUCUAAUGAAAGGCAUUUCAUAAGAUACAGUAAUCGUUUACGAUAGAAGCUUUUUGAGUAGAAAAGGCAAUAUGCAUAAUUCAAAAGAAAACCAUUCACUCUAUCUUCGCUUUAUUUGGAUGUUCAUAGACCUCAGCACAGAAACCGCAACUGCUGUAUUACAGAAGCUUUCCCAAGCCGAUAGUAUUUCAGAUUUCCUUAAAUCUAAAGAAAUAAAACAGCAGAUUGAACACUUGAAGCGUAAAAAGAUUCUUGAUAAAACAGCAUUUGAACACGUAAAAGCAGGAUCUAUGCAGGAUUUGGAUUUGAAUACAUUGAUUACUCUUAUUAUAAAUCUAUUUACUGAAGAUCAAUUGAAAUCUCCUAAAAAAGGCUGGGACCAUCCUCCGGAACCUGAGGACGAAUCCAUUGGUGCUGACUUGCUACGCUUAAGAACCCGUCGAAAUCACACAGUUGCGCAUUCUGUAAUAGCAGAACUUGAAGAGGAGGAAUUUAACAACUAUUGGGAUGAAGUAACAAAAAUUCUUAUCAGAAUAUGUACAAAAAUUAAUCCAGAAUAUGAAACAAAAUUAAAAGAAAAAUUAAAAUAUUACGAAAAGGAACCCCUUGAUCAAUUUUCCAAGGAAAAAUGUGAAGAGUUUGUUAAUGAAUGGAUGGCUAGGAUCUUGCUGAUUCAGACUGAGGUGGAUAAACUACUUAAAACAUUAGAAGAGUGUGCAUUUUAUUUGAGGAAAUCUAACAAUCGCUAUGAUAAGUACAUAUAUCUGCUGGAUAAAGGUGUGCACUUUGUUUUGUCAUCAUAUUUGAACCAAAAAAUUGCAAAUAACUGUACAGAUUUCAAGAAACGUCUUCACCAAAAAGAAAGUAGUCUAAGGGAAAAGAUAACAGACAUGAAACAACUUGAAAGGUUGUUUCCGCAAAAGUCUUCGGAUUUUUCUGACAAGUUUGACUCAUCAUUUUUAGAUAUAUCAUCGCUUGCUACCGUGAUAUUAUUUACGUUCGACAAAGAUGAAGAAGAAAUAAGCAAAGAAAUAGAAUUCAUCCAAUCUGCUCAUAAAAAUUAUGCAACUAUGUCACUAAAGGUAUUUGACACAGAAACAUUCGACGAUUCUUUAUCAGAUCUGGAAGCUAGCUUAAAGUUCAUGUCAAAAUUCCUUUUGAAAGAACAGAAAUGCAAGUUUACUGAUAUACUAGAAGAAAGUAAAAUUACCAAAAGUCUAGGAAAAUGCACUAAUUAUUUAAAAGCAAAAGGAAUCAAAAGUUUUACGGAGGUUUACAAUCAAACACUAAGAGAAACGAAGAGCAUAUUGCAAAAGAUGAAAAAUGAAAGCAUACCGUUUGCAUCUGAAAAAGUUUUAGAAUUGAAAAUGAUAACUUGCGGAUCUUCUGAAGAAACAACUUGUUUGGCAGAAAAGAUUCUUGUUGGGGUUUGGCAAGAAGCCAUACAUCGAACAGAAGAAAAAACUAAUUUUAAUGCAAUUCAGAAGGAAGCUUAUAAGAUACUGGAAGACAUAAAAAAGAAUAAAGACAUUAAAAGAAUAAGCGUUGAACAAAAAUGCAUACUCCUUUCUGUCGUAACCACAUUACCUGCCACUGUUUUGGCUCUUAUUGAAUAUCUUGAAAGUGAUUUUUUCAAAGAAGCAAUAACGAGUAUAACAAAAGAGCUUGGAUAUCACUUCGGUACUAUUUUCCGAAUACACACUUGUUUGACAAUUGAGUCCCUCUGUGAAUUGAAAGGAGAAAACGCAUCAUACUGUUUAGAAGAAAGUUCAGAAGAUGAAAAGAUGGUCAUUGAUGGUAACGAAGAUACCAAGAGAACCAAUGCAACGAAAGAGACAUUCAAAGCGUCAUUGAUAAAAUCUGAUAUCGAAGAAUCGGUCAGUGAAAAAAGAGGACGUCAAACGGCAUUAAAAGAUAUUUCAAAUGAGGAUCUGAGCAUUGGACAGAAGAGACCUAGACGUGAUUGUGCAGAUGCUGAUGGAAAAAGCUAUGACAAAGAGUUUCAAGCAUUUUCUUUAACUGGAAUUCUGCUUGACAUGUCUUGUCCAAAAGCGGAGAAGCAAAGUAGUGCAGAAAUUCGGCGGCAAUAUAUUCUGUCACAAAUUCAAGUAAUAGUUUCAGCUGUACAGUUUGACAUAUCCAAAUAUAACCGGAUACUUGCCGCUGCCGUGGGUGGUAGUCAAUGUAGCGGAAUGUUUGACUUGAUUGGGACGCUUCAUUCAGGAGACAUUCUCAAAAUGGAAAAAAUAUCAGAUGGAACGAUGGAAAGUGUUUUCGCAUGUCUUGAAGAAAAUGGUGCAGGCAUUACAAGAAAAUGGGUUGACAGGAUGAUUUUUCGUGAAAACGUACUUGAACAUGAGGCAAAACUUAUUCUUAACCGCCUCAGAUCAGACCACGACUUUGCUAAGAGGUUUGUUGAACAUUUCUUGCAUGCAUCAUGUCGUGACUGGAAAGGUUUAGGGUACUUAAUUCAAAAAGUAUAUGCUUCAAUAGGAAGCUUCUACCGCCAAGCCACCCCAUUGGAAAUAAGAGAAGUUGUAAAUCGGUCAAUGUCGAAUAUUGAGGAGUCUCUGUUGGUAGAAAUAAAAGACGACUGUAUAUAUAGAAUAAGUGAAGCGGCUUCAAGUGUCAUUGGAGAAAGUUGCAAAGACAAGCAAUAUUCGUUGCAAAGAAUCUUGUCAAUUGUGGAUCCUUUUAUCUAUGGAGGGAACAAAUUAUAUUCUUCACUAAGCGAUUUAUGCAAGGUAUUUAAAAAUUCAUCAAGUGCAUUGCCAAACCAUCAAAGGUUUUUAUUUGUCAUCUCAGAUGGUUGCUCAAUAGAUGAAGUUGAUACUGAAGACCUCAAUCAGAAGUUUGAAGCUGCAAAUGUAAAAGUUGUUUGCUUUUUUACAACUUUCUCAAAGGGUGAAGAUAACUUAACCAAUAUUGAUGCCGACAGUAUUGGAAAAGAUGGGGAAAUGUUAAAGGAACUAAGUUCAUCAACAUUUCCAAUGGAUCCAAUUUCCCGAGCAAUUUUCAUGACACGAAACUUAAUUGAUGUCAAUAACGAGAAAGCAAAGCUGUUUUUUCAGGUUAAGGAUUUCAAAAGAUUAAAUGAACAAUUUGCCCUUGUUCAAAACGCAUUAAGUUGUCGGGAUUCUCUAUUAGACCUCAUUCCUCUCAUACCGCUAGACGUAUACAUCAACGCAGCAAAACCAGCCAUUACUGGUCGUCAUCAAAUGGGUCAUACGCUUGCUACUGCAGUUGCAACAAGCAUUCAUUUAUCAAAGGCCCGAAAUGACCACAAUGGAAUUCCGAAUAUUAAGGAUUUACUUGACGAAGUAAAAAUAAUCUUCGAAACAGAGAAUGAUCAACAACGGCUCCAGAAAAUAUUUGCUAAACACGGUUUGGCUUAUCGGCCAGUUGACGCAAGUACAGCGAUGGUUGCCAUUGCAGCAAAACGACCUGUAAUUGCGACGUUUCAACUGACCGACGAAGAAGUAGAAAUUCUUGACGUAUUCUUUAAAACCAAUCCGUUUGGUAUUUUAACAUCAGAUGACAUUGUUUUGAGUGAAAGGUUUCCAGAUGUCAUUCUUUCAGAGCAUGCUGCUCUGUUAGCAAGUUUUAACAGCAAAUGUUUUCGAUUUAUGCACUUCCGUGGUGAAGAAUGGGCAGAUACAGGCUUUUUUAGGGUGGAAAAUGCCGGUAUUUUGAAAGUAAAGUUCAUCGAUGUUUACUUGAAAGAUGAAAAAAAUGAAGAUGAAAAAGAUGAAGAUGAAAAAGAUGAAGAUGAAUCUUUAAGUAAAGAGAAAGAAAACAUGAAAAGAGAACUGACAGAACUUAAAACAAAGCAAAUGAUGUGUCCAAUGUGCAAGUUGAGAUCGAGGAUGUCAGCUUUUGAAGGAACAUUUACGUUAGCCAAAUGUCCAAAAUGCAAACUAAAGUUUGAAAUUAAGGAUGAAGACAAAUCAUUGUUUGCUCUUAAUGCGUAUCUUACGUCACUGAGUAGAUAAACUCUGUUACAUUGAAUCAUUCGUACUUAAAGGGCAACUUCUGUUUACAUGGGUUUAACCUUUUUUGUAAUUAUUUUUCAAAUGCUAAAUUCGGAAGGGACGUCGAAUGCAGAAAGCAGGCUUGCCCCCAAGUUAGAUCAUUUUUGUGUUAAAGUUAUUAUGCACGACACGGUGUACAUUAAGAGCCACGAAAUUCGACAGACUUUGUUGAUUCAAGAUAUAGAUUUUAAACUUAAAUAAGAUAUGGCCUUUAAAAACAUUUUUGAGCGGCAAAAAAUGUUGUCUUAAAAUCACAUUGAAAUGACGUCAAUAUAUUUAUAAUACACAACUGGAACAUUCGAAGACUUGUUGAUUCGGAUUUGAAACUUGCGCCAUUUGCAACACAAAAAAAACAGUAAAAUUUGUAUCGAUGUCUUUUGUCUUUGAACUUGGAAUGUGUGUGUGUAUUUUCGAAAUUAAAAUGUUCAAACAAUACGGAUGAAAAUAGUGGGCUAAAAGAAUUUCGAAAAAUGUCUACCGGUUUCACUUGUUAAAGGGAUUUCUAAGAUAAUGACGUUAAUAACGUCGCUUGGUAACGACGUCAAUACAGCGUAAAGGGAUGUCACUCUUAUAACGUUUUAAAUGGACAUAUUAAUAAGUUAAAAAAAUAUAAUAUUAUACCUAAUUUGCAUACGCCCUUUUGUAUUUAAUAUGAUGUCAUCCAGUAAAUAAAUCGCAUACAGACCGGCUACCCAAUUCAUAAUUCUUAUACAGACUAUCUAAACUCGACUUUCACUACAACAUAAACAGACAAUAUUGUCAAACUGUCA